AGUGAAGUUUAGUGUGGCAAGUCAUCAUCACACAAGUGGUCAAGAGGCAGCAGAGAGGCUCAACAAGUUUCACUCUUAUUUUCUUUUGGAUAAGAAACUGAUUUGGUCGAAGUUGACUUGGACAGGAAAACCGGUAAACAUGGCUGCUCUUUCAGCCUGGUUCUGGAACGAGAGGUUUUGGCUGCCACACAACGUAACCUGGGCGGAUCUGGCGGACCCAGCUCCCGGGGUGGAGUACCCCAAAGCUGGACACUUGUUAAAUGCUUUACCGCUUGCUUUAGGGAUUUUUGUCGUCAGGAUACUUUUUGAAAGAUUUAUUGCAAGUACCUGUGCCCGAGGUCUCCACAUCCAGCUUGGAGUUGGACGGAGAGCUCAGCCUAAUGCAGUGCUGGAGAAAGUGUUCACAUCCAUCACACAGAAUCCAGACUCUCGCCACCUGGAUGGCCUCUCCAAACAGCUCGACUGGGAGGUUCGAAAGGUCCAGCGUUGGUUCAGACACCGUAGGAACCAAGAUAAACCCAGCACACACACAAAGUUCUGCGAGAGCAUGUGGAGGUUUACAUUUUAUUUGUGCAUAUUUAUAUAUGGAAUCCAGUUCCUGUGGCAAUCUCCCUGGAUGUGGGAUACGCGGCAUUGCUGGUACGGUUAUCCUUAUCAGGUCAUGACCCCGGGUCUUUACACCUACUAUGUGACAAGUCUGGCCUUCUACUGGUCACUUAUGUUCUCCCAGUUCACAGACAUUAAAAGGAAGGACUUCCUGAUUAUGUUCAUCCAUCACCUGGCUACAGUCGGCCUCAUCAGCUUUUCCUACGUCAACAACAUGGCGAGAGUAGGCAGCCUGGUGAUGUGUGUCCAUGAUACCUCUGACUUUCUGCUAGAGGCAGCCAAGCUGGCCAACUAUGCCAAGUAUCAACGGUUGUGUGACUUCCUGUUCAUUGUGUUUAGUGUUGUGUUCUUCAUCACAAGACUUGUUAUAUAUCCAAUAUGGCUCCUGAACUCCACCAUGUUUGAGAGCUGGGAUAUAGUGGGGCCAUUUCCUUCUUGGUGGCUCUUUAACAUCUUACUGCUGGUCCUACAAGUGCUACAUAUCAUCUGGUCCUACCUCAUAGCCCGGAUAGCUUUCAAGGCUAUUCUGCGGGGCAAGGUGUGCAACGAUGUCCGCAGUGACAUUGAGAGCAGCUCAGAGGAAGAGCCUGACACGCCCUCAGACGGCCUCAAAGCUUCUCCUCACACUAACAAAGGAGAGAACGGCACUAACGGCCACUGUGCUUCUGCCAAAGCGCGGGUGCAGAACCACAGCAGCUGGUGACACAGAGCCUGACGCUGGAGCCCCCUGCAGUCCGUCCCUCGUGCGUUGCUGUCUUAUGACAUUCCCUGAACAUGCAAGGCUCACGCCCACACAUACUGUGUUAAACACUGAAAGUGACUGCACACUAUCCAUACGUUGACAAACUGAAAGAAUGGAUAAAGAGACGCUGAGAUCUGCUUUGAGGAGCCCUGUAUCGACGUGUAAGACACGACUCUCGAGGUGAUGAGUAAAGCUGAAAUUAUGUGAUCAGUUGAUGAGUGAUUUGCGUAGCCUUAUUUUCAAAUGAUGGGAUUUAUUUGCUGCCAGAUGUUUGUUGGUUUCAAUGUUCUCUCCCAGUUUUAUUGGUCAGAUGAACUUGAUUAUUAUUGUGUUAAAGGUUCCCUCACUCUGCUUCACAAAGGCUAGGAAACUGCUGCUUUGACAGGUGAAACUUAAGUGUUUUGCAUUUCCCAGCAGGUAUUGAAAUUAAAAAAAAAUGUUGCUAUAGCUGUGGUUUUUUAUCAGCUCUUUAAAGAAGGGCAUCUGCUGUGUGUGUAAAGUACAACACUUGUAAAAAGCACUGUUUUCUGCCCUUUGAGAUUCAUUGUGGAUUUACCCUUCAAACGCAUUGUUUGUGACUUGUGUAUUUCUGUUUUACUGUUUUUUACUACGACUUCUGAGACCAAAUGUUUAUGAAAUUGUUUGAUGUCACUGCCUAUAGAGGAAUCCAGGUUUAAGGACUAUACCAAAUGUCUGGUAUCAUGUUCUCACUUGAGUGCCUUGUAAAAAAUAUCUUUCCAAAUAUAUUCUGUUGUAAAAACA